AUGGGUGUUCCAGCACUUUUUCGACUAUUGUCGAGAAAAUUUCAUAAAGUUAUUACGCCCGUAGUCGAGGCACCAACACAAACACUUCCGGAUGGAACAGAAAUUGGACCAGAUCUGAGUCUCCCAAAUCCAAAUGGUGAAGAAUGCGAUAAUCUGUACCUGGACAUGAACGGUAUCGUCCAUCCUUGUUCGCAUCCUGAAGACCGACCGGCACCUGAGACUGAGGAUGAGAUGAUGAUUGCCGUUUUUGAGUAUACCGAUCGCAUUAUGGCAAUGGUUCGUCCGAGAAAGUUACUUUACAUUGCCAUCGAUGGUGUAGCCCCUCGUGCAAAAAUGAAUCAGCAACGGUCACGUCGAUUUCGAUCCUCUCGUGAAGCCGCUCAAAAAGAAGCCGAACUUGAGGUUUGUAUUGAAGAAGCAAAAAAACAGGGAAUUCCUGUUGACGAAGAGGCGAUGAAGAAAAAAGCCUGGGAUAGCAAUUGCAUUACACCAGGAACGCCAUUUAUGGAUACAUUAGCUAAAUCAUUAAAAUAUUACAUUAUUAAUAAGCUGAAUACCGAUCCUUGCUGGAGAAACACUCGUUUUAUUUUGUCAGACGCAUCUGUGCCAGGUGAAGGUGAACACAAAAUUAUGGAAUUUAUCCGUUCCCAACGGGUGAAACCAGAAUACGACCCUAAUACUCGUCACGUAGUAUAUGGAUUGGAUGCUGAUUUGAUUAUGCUCGGUUUGGCGACUCAUGAACCACAUUUUCGCGUACUACGAGAAGAUGUAUUUUUCCAACAGGGCAGUACCAGAAAAUCGAAGGAGGAGCGAUUAGGCUUGAAGCGUUUAGACGAAACAUCAGAAACGAACAAGGUUCCUGUGAAGAAACCAUUCAUUUGGCUACAUGUUAGUGUUCUACGGGAAUAUUUGGAAGUUGAGCUCUAUGUUCCUAAUUUGCCUUUCCCGUUCGAUCUUGAACGAGCCAUUGAUGACUGGGUAUUUUUCAUUUUCUUCGUGGGUAACGACUUUCUUCCUCAUCUUCCAAGUUUGGAUAUCCGUGACGGUGCAGUAGAACGCCUGACUGAAAUUUGGCGUACUUGCCUUCCACAUAUGGGAGGUUAUUUAACCUUGGAUGGAUCUGUCAAUUUAACUCGAGCUGAGAUGAUUUUGACUGCCGUUGGCGAUCAAGAAGACGACAUUUUUAAACGUCUCAAGCAGCAAGAAGACCGUCGAAAUGAAAACCAGAAGCGUAGAGCACAAAGAGAAAGCAACCAGAAUGAUUCUUCUUAUUUGGAUGAUACAAUUAUACAGCGCUCAGCAAAGGUUGAAUCAUCCCAAGUAACUGUUGCUCCUUCUGUUGACACAAGCACAGAAAACGAUACACGGCCUAAUAAAGCACGUAAAAUUGAUGCCUCGGCUCCUGAAAAUUUGGUGAAUUUGUCUGAAAGGACCUCCAAUAGAUCUUUAAGUGCAACAAAUAAAGAUCUCAUUAACAAUCGUGCUGCUAAUCGUCUUGGCCUUUCCAACGAAGCUGCGACUACCUCCUCUAUCAAUAAAAUUGCUGCCGCAAAUUUAAAAUCUCAAAUGGUUUCAAACGAAAGCCUUCGUGCUGUGCCUAUAGAGGAAGUGGUUUCGUCUCCUACCCCUAGUGCAACGGAUGAUAUAGCAAGCUCCGACCCUAGUGGUUUAGCAACUCCUAUUGAGCCAGCACCCGUUUCAGCUGGUAUGAAGCGAAAAGCCGAAGAUAAUGCUGGCGAGGAAACCUCUACAGAUACAGUUCGCUUACAUGAGUCUGGAUAUCGAGAGCGUUAUUAUGAGCAAAAAUUUGGGUUUUCUGUGAACGAUACCGAUCAGUUAGGUGAAACAGUCCGUCAUUAUGUUCAUGGAUUAUGCUGGGUUUUAUUGUAUUAUUAUCAAGGAUGUCCUUCAUGGACUUGGUAUUAUCCAUAUCAUUAUGCGCCCUUUGCUGCUGAUUUUAAAAAUUUAUCUUCUAUUGACGUGAAAUUUGAUGUGAAUCAACCUUUCAGACCUUAUGAACAAUUAUUGGGUGUACUUCCCGCUGCGAGUAGAAACAAUUUGCCAGAGAAGCUACAGCCUUUGAUGACAGAAGCUGAUUCGGAGAUUAUCGAUUUUUAUCCAGAGGACUUUGUCAUAGAUUUGAAUGGUAAAAAGUUUGAAUGGCAGGGUGUUGCAUUGCUCCCGUUUAUUGAUGAACAUCGAUUGUUAUCUGCAGUUUCCAGGAUUUAUCCUUCGCUUAGUGAAGAUGAAGCCAGGAGAAACACGAAUGGAUCUUCAUUGCUGUUUGUUUCGGAACAUCAUCCGAUGUACCCAGAAGUUGUAAAACAACUAUACUCAAAGAAGAAACAAGGGAAGCCUUUGAAGUUAUCCGGCAAAGUGGGACAUGGCAUUUUUGGCAAGGUAAGCAAUGAUGAUUCCAUCUUGCCAAAUGUUUCAAUACAAUGUCCAGUGGACGUUACUACCGCUGACGCACUUCAAAAAUAUGGCAACAUUGAAAACAAUCAAAGUUUAAGCUUGCAGUAUGAAGUUCCAAAGUCAAAUUUUGUUCAUAAGUCCAUGCUUCUUCGCGGUGUCAAAAUGCCCUCUAGGGUAUUGACCCCAGAAGAUGUUAGUGUUGUACGUGCGGAACGAAGCAAUGCUGGACGCCGAAACAAUGGCUCUUUCCGAGGAGGUGGCGUUCGAAGAGGAGGGUUUCAAGGUCAUGGUGCUCAGCGCUCGUCUUAUCAGUCACAAAACAAUAGCUACAACCAGCAAACAUAUACCGGUGUUACCAAUGGAUUUGCCCAAACAGGUACUCAACCACCAUGGAACAACUCAGGUAGCUUUCCAAGAUCCGCGAAUGCAUAUAGUGCAAGGGGUGGAUAUGGACAAUCGGGCUAUUCAUAUGGCAAUUCAAAUAAUCGUGGUAAUCCUUACAGCUAUGGACACCCUCCAGCUACGGGUUACAAUGGAAAGGGCGCUCCUCGAUGA